AUGCUCGCUGUGGUCCAACAACGGAUGGGAAGAGAUGGGCUAGACGAAGAGAACAUUACACAGGCUGCAGAGGCUCCAAGCCAGAACAGCUAG